AUGGAACCAAAGGUGGAAAAAGAAGCUUCGAAGAACCAAGGCAGUAAAGCAGCCCCUCAGACAGCCAAACCCCCUUCUACGAAUCAGCAACAAGCCUCAGGAGACACAGACCCCUUGAAGUUGAGCCGAUCAUGGAUAGAUCGUGAACAUACAUUAAACAACAGGUUUCAAGACGAACUUUGGUGGAAAGCGAAACCCCAUAGUGGUAAUACCCUGGAGCGCUGGAGGGUCCAAUCGAUGACAGAUGGUCCAUACCAAAACAUAGAGUCGAUUAUGACGAAGACGAAGACCGAUCAACCCCAGCUCCCUAACGUUACGUUACCGAAGCACGCAAGGACCGUAAGCGAAGCAGCAGGUACAUCGGGAUCGAAGUAG